UUUUUUUUUCUUUCUUUCUUUGCACAAAUGGUUAAUCUUAAUUUAAGGGCGAUUGCAAUGGUCAUUGCAUCGGUAGUUACUUUAACUGAAGCUCAAAGAUAUAUGGGAAAGAGAGAAGCAGAACGUGAUUAUUAUACAAUCAAUAUACCCAGUAAUGAUGGCUACGAGUCAAUCAAAUACAUAGCAAAUCAACUAGGUGUACGAUAUGAGGGAUAUAUUGGUGAACUAGAUUCCUGGUUUAUGGUCAGUGUCCCCAAGCCACGAUUGAAUAAAAGAGAUGAUGACAUUCUUGCUAAAUUUGAACGACUAAAGACACAAUCGUUAAUGAAAAGAGACAUUCAUUGGCAAAAAGUGAAAAGUAUCAAUAAGCAAGUUUUAAAAAGGCGUACAAAACGUGGACCAAUACCAAAUGAAUUUAUGAAUGUACAAAAAUUAUUAAAUAUUACAGACCCUUUGUUCGAUAAACAAUGGCAUUUGAUUAAUCAAGAAUAUCCUGGUAACGACAUCAAUGUCACUGGAGUAUGGGAACAAGGUAUUACUGGAAAAGGUGUAAAUGUUGUUAUUCUGGACGAUGGUUUGGAUUAUAUGAGCAAAGAUCUUGCUGAUAAUUUUUUUGCUGAAGGCUCCUAUGAUUUUAAUGAUCAUGAAUCCUUACCUAAACCUAAACUUUGGGACGAUAACCAUGGUACAAGAUGUGCAGGACAAAUUGCAGCAGUAAAAAAUAAUGUUUGUGGUAUGGGUAUUGCAUAUGAAGCUAAAGUAGCUGGUGUACGUAUUUUGUCUGGAGAUUUAACAGAUGCAGAUGAAGCAAUUGCAUUGAACUAUGAAUAUCAAAAAAAUCAUAUAUUUUCAUGUUCUUGGGGUCCAUCUGAUAACGGACAAACAAUGGAAGCACCCAAUGGUAUCUUGGCAGAUGCAUUUUUAAAUGGAAUUAACAAUGGACGUGGCGGCAAAGGUUCCAUUUAUGUUUUUGCUACUGGAAAUGGGGCUAUUUCAGAUGAUAAUUGUAAUUUUGACGGAUAUACAAAUAGUAUAUACACCAUUACUGUGGGGGCUAUUGAUCACACAAAUCAGCACCCACCUUAUUCUGAAAGUUGUUCUGCGCAAUUAGUCGUAACUUAUUCAAGUGGUGGAGGAGAGUAUAUUCAUACGACAGAUGUCGGUGAAAAUAGUUGCUCAGAUAGACAUGGUGGUACAUCAGCUGCAGCUCCAAAUGCAGCUGGCAUCUUUGCUCUUGUUCUUUCCGUAAGACCUGAUUUAACUUGGAGAGAUUUACAACAUUUAUGUGUACAGACAGCUAUCCCUAUAAAUACAGGUGAUGAUGAUUGGAAAAAACUACCUUCUGGAAGAUUAUAUAAUCAUAAAUUUGGAUACGGUAAAUUAGACGCUUAUAAGCUAAUUGAAGCUGCAAAGGUAUUUGAAUUGGUUAAUAAACAAACUUGGUUGGAAUUACCAAGUCCUCUAAAGAAGAGAGCGAUACCCGAUUCUACAGGUUUAAAGACAAGAAAAGCAUUGAGAAGUACUAUAUUAGUAACAGAAGAAAUGAUAAAAGCAGCUGGACUGCUUCGAUUAGAACAUAUUACGGCUACUGUUAAUAUUGAGCAUCAACGACGUGGUAAUAUUGUAAUUAACUUGAUAAGUCCAAAUAAUGUAGAAUCUGAACUAGCGACUCGACGUAGCUUGGAUUUAAACAAGAAUGGUAUAAAAAAUUGGAAAUUUAUGAGUGUUAAACAUUGGGAAGAAAACCCUGUGGGUAAUUGGACACUGGCUGUAUAUGAUGUAGAUAAUCCAGAAGCUAAGGGACAUUUAUUAAAUUGGACAUUAACAUUAUAUGGGGAGCAGGAUCCUCUUUUUAAAGGAACUCCUAUCCAUUCAUCCACUAGUAUUCAUCAUGAUAAUGAACAUGAAGAAAUAUCUACUUCAACUUCCACUAUAUCAACAACGACAACAAUAGAUAAUACACCGUCAAGGCCCACACGUAUAAAACCAUCGAAUGCUAAUACAUCUCCAAUGACGACUACUACAACAACUUUUAUUGAAACCAGUACUCCCACAAAUGUUAAUGUUAAUGAAGAAUCAAAGGAUUAUUUAACUAUUGUCUAUAGCGUUAUAGGAUCAAUUGCUAUCUUUACUAUUGCCUUGGGUAUUUAUUUUUAUAAACGACAUGGAUGGAAGGCCUCAAGUGAUGAAAGAAAACCAGGAUAUGAAUUUGAUGUACUUCAGCCAUUAACAGAAAUAAACGAGCUAUCAUCAGAAGAAGAUUUAUCAGACAAUGAUGAGGAACUUAAUAGAGCUUUUUAGAUAAUGAAUAAAUUUAAGCUUAUUUUUUUAUUUUGUUUUUUCA